ACGCCUUAAAACAGGAGCUGCUUGGAGCUGCAGGGACAGUUGAGCUGAGAUCGUCCACCUCUCAGGUUGGUGUUUGGACAAAGAAGAAGAAGAGGAGCCUCCCUCUGACUCUGAGAAACAUCUGCAAACAUUUCACAGAAGAAUAGUUUUUUCUUCCUUCCUGCUUUUCGUAAACGAGCAGUUGGCUAAUAAUCCACAAGGAUGGAGAAGUAUGAGAAGAUCGGGAAGAUCGGAGAGGGAUCCUACGGCGUCGUCUUCAAGUGCAGGAACAGAGACACGGGUCAGAUCGUCGCCAUCAAGAAGUUCGUGGAGUCCGAGGACGACCCCAUCAUCAAAAAGAUCGCACUGAGGGAGAUCAGGAUGCUCAAGCAACUUAAACACGCCAACCUGGUGAAUCUGAUCGAAGUGUUUCGGCGUAAACGGAAGCUGCACCUGGUGUUCGAGUACUGCGACCACACCGUCCUCAACGAGCUGGACCGACAUCCCAGAGGCGUCCCGGAGCAUCUGGUCAAAAGCAUCACCUGGCAGACGCUUCAAGCCGUCAACUUCUGCCACAAACAGAACUGCAUUCACAGAGACGUGAAGCCGGAGAAUAUUCUCAUCACCAAACAUCAGGUCAUCAAACUGUGUGACUUUGGGUUCGCCAGGAUUCUCACCGGACCGUGUGAUUACUACACCGACUACGUGGCGACUCGCUGGUAUCGAGCUCCGGAGCUGCUGGUGGGCGACACUCAGUACGGCCCCCCGGUGGACGUCUGGGCCGUGGGCUGCGUGUUCGCUGAGCUGCUGUCAGGAAUCCCUCUGUGGCCCGGAAAGUCCGACAUGGACCAGCUGUACCUGAUCAGGAAGACUCUGGGAGAUCUGAUCCCUCGACACCAGCAGGUCUUCAGCAACAACCAGUUCUUCUGCGGAGUUUCCAUCCCAGAGCCUCAGGACAUGGAACCUUUGGAGCAGAAGUAUCCAAACCUCUCACAUCAAGCUCUGGGCCUCAUGAAGGGUUGCCUGAGGAUGGACCCGUCUGAGCGCCUGUCCUGCGAGCAGCUCCUCCAGCAUCCUUACUUCGACAGUCUGAGAGAAAAGAGCGAGAGCAGCUCGGACCGAUCCGGAAACAAGAGGGCACGUUUACCUCGGAGACACCUUCCUCCCGGGUAUUUGCCACAGCUGACCGGCAGCAGCAUCUUUCCAGCUCUGGACAAUAAGAAAUACUACAACAACCUGCGCAAGUUCAACUACCACCUACCCAACAUCUAGACUCGCCUCCUUUCCUCCUGAGCCGCCCAGGGAACGAAGGAUUCAACCACUUUUUAACGUGUUCGUCUCUCGAUAUCGAUGUCACUCUAUGCACUAUCCCCGGCGCGUCCGCUCAGACCGCUGGUUUACGUAUGUUGCCGACAUUUCAAGCCGAAUUUUGUAGAGAUGUUGAGACAAGGAGCGACUCGCUGCUCCGCUCGUAGUCGCUGAGUAGACUGAAGGUGAAACUACUGCCUUUGCGCGGUUUGCCAAAUGUGUUUUUAUACGACGACGGACUCUGCGGGACCGACGUGUUUUGAUAGUCGAGUUUAAUGUUUAGUAAGUUAUAACGCAGGACGCAAAAGACUCACGAGCAUUUUUCUGGACAUAUUUAUUGACGUCAGGAGUGAACACAGCUCUAAACAUUCCUUUAACCACCUUUACAAGCAGCGGUGCAACAUCGUCCUCUCUGGAACUCUGGUGCUAAGGAUGUUUUCAGCCAUCUGUCUGUCCUCGGAUAUAUUUUAUGACAAAUGCCAAAUUAAUCUGAAAAGAUUUACUCUUAAAUUGCUUUUUCUCUAUGUACACAUGUGGAGUAACCUUUAAUAAACUACAAAAUAUCAAAGAGAA